AUGUCAUGUGCACCGUCUUCUCCAUAUGCUCCUAAUAUGGAUUCAAGCAAACGUCCAAGCAUUAUUUGCCUGAGAUAUGCGAAAGAUAACAAGUGUCGUCUGUCUCAGCCAUGGCUUACGAUCGAGUGUCAACGAACUUCAUCGUUUCUAGAAAGUUUGAACAAUCUUGAUACUACCUUAUCACGCAGCAAAACAACAUUUUUAUGUUCUGCAACUGAGCCAGAAUACCUGAAGGACGAAUAUCUUCGAUAUAUUUAUGAAAUGAGUUUCUUGCUGUUUGCAGACGUGCUGAGUCUUAAAUAA